AUGAAGCUCCCCAUUGCUUCCCUCGGCGCCGCUGCGGCAGCUCUGUUGUCGCUCCAGGCAGCGAGCGCCACCCCCACGUCGACGGGAGCGCCAACCGACACAGGGUCAUCCAACUUGCUCAAAGAUGUGGCGAUAUGUUCCAGUGGACAGCUCAAGCUGUCGGUGUCGGCUCCCAACGGAGCAGCAGCAUUCAGAUGCUCCGCCGACUUUCCUGACCUUAGCCCCGAUUUCGCAACCUCCGCACAGGAGCAGAAAGUGCUUCUUGGCGGUCAAGAGAAGCUCCUAAGGGAGAUUGUUUCUGGUGCCACGCUCGAACAAAAAAAGGUUCCACUCACCGGCGCGAACCCUGCCACCAAGGAGCAGGACCAGUCUCCCACCACAAACGAGAAUGUGUACGUGCUGACAGUGCCUAAGUUGCCGCCGGAGACAACUGCAGUAACGCUCAAAUGCAUCAAGAAAAGCGGCGGACCGCAGGCUUUGGCGAGCACUACUGGUUCUUGCGAGGUGCUCAUUACCGUGGCAUCAUCAGCAUCAUCCGCAGCGCUCCAGCCAGCACUUGCGGCAGUCGUCGGACUCCUCUCCCUUGGCACCACCGCGGUUCUCCAGCUUGCUGCAUGA